ACGGGCUUGGCCACAAUGGACCCGAAGGGCAGGCAGGGAAGGCGAGUCCCAGCGCCUCUGAGAGCCGGGUCAACUUCGGGAAGGAACGACUACAGGUCCCGAGAAAACCCGCACGGGAAGGGCUCGCCUACUCUUGACGUCGCACAGCACGCCGGGACACUGAGUCAAGGUCUGCACUCAGGAACUUGGGAAAAGGCAUUGCCAUUCUCCUCCUUCUUGCCAUUAUCCAGUUUAGAGAGCACAGCAAGCUUGCCCAGUCUGAAGAAAGCAGAUGAGAAGAAAUUGAAAGCUUUGGCCCUCUCUAGCAGCCAUUUGUCCUCAUGGCCAGCAUAUGCACCAGGGCAAGCAAUACUACAGAACCGCAAACCUUGUACUCUCCCGCAAUGGCAGAGUACCAGCAGAGAUCAUGUUCCUUUGUCCAUCACAAAGCCACGCUACCUUGAAGAUCUGGAAUCUCAUCUGCGGAGAGAGCUGCAAGUCCUAGACCUUACUAAAGGGAAAUUUCAGGAAUUAAAACUUCAGCCUUAUCGAGAAGUAUUUGAGUUCUUCAUGGAAGAAUUCAAAACCUACAAGCCUUUCCUGGCUUCCAUCAAGAAUGAGUAUGAACAAACAAUAGCACAUCUACAGGAGAAGAUCCACUCCUUGGAGGCAGUGAAUGGCAUUCUGGUCACAGCCUCUGAUCAAUAUACUCAACAAAUUCUGGCUUUUCAACAGCAAGAGAAGAUUGAAAUAACAAAGCUGAAGGAGGAAAAGCUCUAUUUGCUGAAACUUAUUGACAAGAUGAAGGAGGAGAAAUGUUCUCUAGAGGCCCAGGUGGCUAAGAUGAGGAAGACAGUGGCAGAGGAAUACCUCCGCUAUCUUAAUGAGUGUGAUGCCCGCAAAAUGCUUCUUCUAGAUCUCAAUGAAAUGUACCGUCAGAAGGAAGAAUUGAAGCUUGCAAAAGCUCAAGACAGCAAGGGGGAAGACACAGUGAAGUUAACACUCGCACUAAAGAUGGCUCGCCAGGACCUCACUAAAGUUCAAGUGGAACUAAACACCAUGAGAGCAAACUACGGGGAUGUGGUGCCCAGAAGAGAGUUUGAAUUGCAAGAACAAAAAUAUAAUGAGUUGGCUGAUAAGAUGGCGACUCUCCAGACAGACUUUGAUAACCUCCAAGAGGAAUACGAGACCAUCCUGGAGGUAUACAAGCAGGUUUCAGAGGAGCGAGACCAGUUCUGCAAUGACCUGAUCAAUGUCCAGCGUUCCUCCACACCCCGGCCUAAGUGGAGCAAGUGUGCAGAUGUGAUUCCUGGUGGGCCUGAGCGCUGGAGUGUUUUGUCAGAGGGCAAAAGUAGUGACCAGCUGGUCGACGUGCUGUUGGAAGAUCUUGGCACAGCACUGCUGAGAGAGACGGAAACCUUUGUGGGGCGGGGGAGAAGUGACAAGAUCCCUGUGUACCUGAGGUGUGAUGGUCUGGUCAGAAAUAAGAAACUGACAAGAAAGGAGACUGUAGGCAUUUUAAGGGAAAUAUGGAGAGAGAAAAUUGCUUCAGAUCAACAGAGAGGAAGGCGAUCCAGCCUUUCAGAGUUCUUCCUGACCUUCUUCCAGAAAAAGUAUGGUGAAGCGCUUGCUUUUGACUGGACUUACACUGUCUAUGAAAACAUCAAGCUCUAUCAGUCCAAUGAAGCCAUGUCCUUGUUUCACCAGAUCCUGACAGGAAAUCUGGAUGAAGGAGUAUACCACAGCCACCUCCAGGAGCUUAGCAACCUAUUAAAGGAACUGACCGCUGCUGACACUGCAAAUACUGGCGAGCUGAUGAGUGAACAGUUCACCCUUGCCUUAAAGGCAGCUUUCCCGCUAAAGACUGAUGAAGAGAUACAGGAAUUAACUGAGGCAGCAGGCUACAAAUCAGAAUAUGACACCAUCAUGUACAAGCUCUUAUUCUUAGAGGAUGAGGAGGGGAAAACAGAACCCUUGAUCAUGAAGCUUAAGAGCCAGUAUAUAAGUGAGAAAAAAACAUAUCUACAAGAGCUACGGGAUGAACUAGGAACCUUGAUGGAAGUGAGGCCAGAUGACCUGAAGGCAGCCCUCUGCACAAUCGACCAUGGUUUGACAGAGCAGACACUGGAUUCUCACAUCUGUUAUGCCUUCCAAGUUCCCAAAGAGCAACUGGAUCCUGCUGCAACCAUUCCGAUAGAUAAACUGAUGCAAAGGCUUAUGACUGCAGAUAUCAGACGACAAGGAACAGUUUUAGGAGAAAUAAACUAUCUGCCUCCAUCACACACAAUAGAAGAAACUGAACUCCCUGCCAGUACCUAAAUUGACCUUCAUUUCCUCCCCAUGCUUCCCCUUCUAAAAUUUAUUGGAGUUAAUUAUUAAAAGCGAUCUGGAAUAAAACUGUCAUACAGGAGUUCAAUGGAUAAAUGAACUCUAAGGCCCACUGGAGAUUCCUGCUGGAACAGUGAUCCCAGUUCAAUUUCUGUCCCAGAGGAACCUGAGAACUUCAUAGGAUAAAAACACUUAAGAUCUGUCAUAAGCCUUUGCAAAACAGUGGGAUUUGCAUAUUUCAGGAUAACUCUUUUUUGUAAAGACAGCACAUCAGAUAGAUUAGCCUCAGAUAAUGAACUGUUUAGAAGAACAGGCUAAUUUCAUAGAAGGGCUGAAGCCUGUUCAUAAAAACUGACAGAAAUUUCUUUCUCCGUAACUCUAUGAACUCUUAGAAUUGGACCCAAUGGAGAAGCCUUAGUAAAUUGGUAGCUUACCUAACAUGGUACAGAAAUUUUACAGUAUAUAGCUUUAGAAGAUGUAUGCUUUAUUGGCUGUUUUUUAAAUGUUGGAGCAGGGUCUUACUGAAGCUAAUUCUAGGACAAAGUAAAAAAACAAGCAGUUAUUCAGAGGGAAGAGAAACAAGCUUCAUAACAGAGCAGCCAAACAGACAGGCAGAAAAACUGGGAUGUAUUGAGCUAGUAUAGCCAUUUAAAAUGUCUGGGGCCAUGCAAAUGCCUUACAAGGAUUUCUGCAAGUCAUAAAUAAAAAUGGUUUAGCUAC